GGCCUGCACCACAACCCCGCCCACUCGCACGACCUUCGCUCCUCAGCCGACCCUCUCAAUCCCCCCAAUUACCGCCCGUACCCAUCCCAGUACUCAAGGUUCCCGCGAAAUCCUACACCCUCCUUGCCCGCCCUCGCACCCAUCACCAAGUUCGCCUCGGACACCCUCUGCUCGCCCUCGCCCCCGCACGCCCCCGCCACUGCUCACUCGGUGGUGCAGGUGGAGAAGGGCGACAUCAAGACCAAAAUCCAGAAGAGGCUGAGUUUCGGCGACACUCUCGAUCUCCACACUAACAUCUACACACCAGCCGAGGACUGCCCGACCGCAAACGCCGCCCUCGACCCGUCGGCAGGAGCGGCCAAUGGGUGCGGGGGCUCGUCCACGUCCCUAGAGAACGGCCCCCCUUUAGUGAGGCGAAAGUCCCUGGACACACAGAGUCAGUACUCCUAUUAUAUGGACAAAGACCUGAGGUACUAUUUCCAACACCCUUGGCUUCGCCUCAUUGUCGCCUACCUCGUCAUCUUCUGCAACUUUCUGCUCUUCGCCGAGGACCCUGUGUCUCACUCCCACGCAGAAUCGAACAUCCCCGUGGUUGGCAAUGUCUUCAGCUUCGUGUCUACCAAGUACCCGGACGAGUGGUUCUGGCGAAUGAUUAAGGUCGUGAUGUGGUUGAUCGCUAUAAUGUGCGGGAUGCUGGUCGGGAAAGUGCUCAUCCACGGGCUCAUCUUCAAGAGAGUGCUGAGACUCAAGAUGUUCAGGGACGAGCAGGGUUCUUGGAUGACAAUGUUCCUGACGGUGAUCGUGUCGCUGUACAUGUUUUCAUACGUGUACAACCUCAUCCUGCUCAUUGGCCAUGACGAACACUGCAAGUGGCAAAUUGGGUCUGAUAUGGAUGUCACCAACGAGAGCAUGAUGAAGGCCGCUGCGACCUGCACAUGGCUUGGCGACCUCGUGACGGCUCUCAUGGUCACGGAUAUGAUGCUCCAGGAUAACCUGUAUCCUCAUUGGGCCACAGGAUUCCGCAGGCUGUACAGGCUGUCUAAUGUUCCGCGAAUCCUCAUUUUCUGGUGUGGUUCGAUCGUCGUGGCGACCGUCGUCAUCUUCCUGAUCGUCUCAGAUUACAUCUCCUGGGACAAACUCAAUCAAGGAUUCGUUGAGACCACAGAGCUGUCAAGAGCGUUCCUUGCGUCCUUCAUCCUGGUGAUGGACCUCCUGAUCGUGAUGCAGGAUUGGGAUUUCCCGCACUUCACCUCGACGAUCGACGUGAACCUGCCCGGCUUCUCCACGCACACCCUGCACUGGCAGUACGCGAAGAUCUCCGUGACCGGCAAGUGGUUCAACUACGGCAUCAUUUUCCUCGUCAUGAUCCUCGACCUGAACAUGUGGAAGAACCAGAUUUUUUACGAGCCUGGACCUUAUGGCCAGUACAUCGACCCGAUGAGCAGGAAAGUGUACACUGUGGAGGACAGUCGCUUCAUCAGCGAGAACAACGAGACGGCGUGGACUCUUUAG